AUGCCUUCUCCUCUGCGCGCCAUUGCGGCCGCAGCUUUACCCUCAAUCGCUCUCUCGUCCGUCAUUCAACAGCCCAUCAACACCUUCGACCACACCCAAGGCUACCAAUUCGAUCCCCUUCUGCAUCUCCCCGGUAUCUCUCCCUACUUCGACGCGGUAGGCUUUGGCCUCUCGCACGCCGCCCCAGAAGGCUGCACCGUCACGGCAGCAUCGUACCUCAUCCGCCAUGCCGCAAUCUACGCCAACGACGCAGAAUACGAAGAUUAUAUCCAACCCUUCCUCUACAAGCUCGAGAAGCAUCGCGGUGACUUCUCUGGACCGUUAGAGUUCUUGAAUAAGUGGUACUCUCCAAUUGAAGAGGACAAGCUCGAAGAUGUAACCCCAUCUGGAAAGGUGGAUGCCAAGAAAGUCGGCAAGCAUCUCGUGAAGCGAUACAAACACCUUGCUUCUUCUGUAAAACGCGUUAUCGCGGAUACAAAGUCGCGCACGUACGAUACUGCAAAGGCGUUUCUGCAAGCUUUCCCAGAAGAUGGAAAUAUUGAGAUUACGAGGUUCAAUAAGAAGGAGUUGAACAACGGUACAAGGGCUCUUCUUCCCCAUAAGGCCUGUUCCAAGUUUUCCAAAUCGCCUGGCACAGAUCAACAGAAUGAGUUUGUCAAGAACUAUGCUUCUGCUGUCUCAAAGCGCCUGCGCCCUUAUACGCCCGAGGAUUAUGAGCUUGCGCCCAAGGAUGUUUUUGCUCUUCAGUCUAUUUGCGGUUAUGAGUCUGCCAUUCGAGGAAAGAAGUCGCCAAUCUGUGGAUUAUUCUCUGAUGCGGAGUGGCUAUCCUAUGAGUACGCUUGGGAUAUGAAGUACGCGCAUAUGGUUGGUCCUUUCAACCCACUGUCCAAUUAUCUCGGCUUUCCAUGGUUGCACUCCCAAUCCAAGCUGUUCGACAACAUCGAUGAAAAGUCUGAUCUCAAGGACGAACAGUCGUCCGGCUGGCCCAAGGAGCAACGUCUGUUUUUCUACUUCACCCACCGCGAAGUCCCACCCUUCGUCGCCACAGCACUGGGCAUCUUCAACUCCUCAUCGCACGAAGGCUACGACGAGUUCCCUACUACACACGUCAAUCACGUUCGCGCCUGGAAGAUGUCUGAUUUGAUUCCCUUCUUGGGUCAUGUCGGUAUGGAGAAGAUGACUUGCGAACGACCUGACACUAAGGGUAAGGGCGAGGAGUUUAUCAGGUUCAUUGCCAAUACUGCGCCUCGCCCUCUACCGCUUUGCCAGAGUGGACCAGGUGCCAGUUGUCCGUUCAAGGAGUUCAAGAAGAUUGUCAGCGCGGGUAUGGAUAAGUACGGCGAUUUUGACGGGGUUUGUGAGAAUGAGAAGAAUGAUGAGUUGUAA